CUGAAGGUCGCUUAUGCCUUGAGAUGAUCGGUGGUGUGCCCGAUAGUUUAAGGUUGGUAGUUCAUGAUCUCAUCACAAAAAUCCUUACUACAAACCGAUGUGAAUCAUACUCAUCUGAUUCCGUGAAGCAGUUUUAUUCAUUUGGUGAGAAUUUGUUCACGUGUUCUUCCAAGCCAGCAUCAUUAUCAGAAGUAGAGGCUCAGCUGUUUUCGAUUCUGCAAAUAGAUGGAAGAGAUAUUGAUUCAGUUAAACUCAAACGCCUGCUGAGAAUCUUACAUAACUUGCCUUCUGUCAGACGAAAGGCAGAAAUUUUGGAGUUUUUCUACCAGCUUUCUAGCCACAAUUAUUAUCGACGAAAGGCUGAUAUCCCAUCUGUUUCUGAAAGCUUAUUUCGAAAUCCGAACUCUUUCAAUAAUGGAUCAAGUGGUUUCGUGUCUGAUUUAAUAUCUCACUCUUCCGUCCAACCGAAAUCCAAACCCCUACUCCAACUUAAUCUUAAUCGUCGUUUCCUUAGUCAGCGUAUCAAGAAUUCAUCACUACCCAAAGCUGCCAGUCGAACAACGGUUUCGGAAUCUGAUCUCCUACGUGAACUAGUAUUUGUACUAAAUGGUGUUGGAGGGAAUCUAAUUAAAUUUAAUCAUAUACAGGAUUCCUUCAGAUUAGUAUCAACUGCAAAUGUGGCUGUCGGUCAGCAAGAUUCAAUUCAUAGGAUAGCUGAAUGCGGAUGGUUACAUAAUAAAAUUAAACAAUUUGUAAGUCGUGCUCGAAAUGAUAGAUCUGCUGGGACUAUUGUACAAAGUUUUGCUUCUGGCUUACAUGAACACUUAACCGAGUAUUACCGUCUAGUCGCCACUUUAGAAUCACAACUGAAUCAAGAUAAACAUGAUUUCUCCGGAGAUCAUCAUACUAAUCAGUCUGAUCAAGGCACAGACUAUGGUAGAUCACUAGAAAAUAUUGCAAGUUUUAUGCAUGGUGAUGUUGGAGGCUUGGAUUCUCAUGCCGAUCGUACCAGUGAUCAUCAGUCAACCUCUUCGUUGUCUUUUGUCCAACCGUUGACAAUAACUCGGUUGGUUUUAUGGACUCAAGAGCCUCGGUUGAGACUACGAUUUCUAGCCAGCUUAUGUGAUGUUUGUCAUGGUUUAAGUGGUGGAGCAUUAGCAUCUGAAGUGUUUGCUUAUACACUUCAUGGCGAUCCUGAAGUAGCGUUGAUUAUGCGACAUUUAAUGUCCAAUAUUGCUUCCAGUUUGUUACAUUUUAUUAGUCAAUGGAUUUAUGAUGGUCAUCUAGACGAUCCAUAUCAAGAAUUCUUUGUUGAAUCAGAUACCUCAGUGAAAAUGGAUCGUUUAUGGUAUGAUAAAUAUAAUCUUCGGCAUAAUAUGAUUCCAAGAUUUAUCACUUCAAGCCAAGCAAAUAAGAUUCUUGUCACUGGUAAAUCGAUCAACUUUUUAAUUCAUGUUUGUGGCGAAAAACAAGGCAUUAAAAAUCGUGAAUCUAUUCGUCAUACACGUUUAAAAAAGGUUGAAUCCAUGUUUGAACAAGAUUUGGAUCAAUCAUUUGAUCAAAUGAUAUCUACUGUAUAUAAACAAACUAGUCAACAUUUAUUAGAAACAUUAAUAGGACGUUAUCAUUUUCUAGAUCAUUUAAGAGCUACAAGACAAUUUUUACUCUUAGGACAAGGGGAUUUUAUUCAACAUCUCAUGGAUUUGUUAGAUUCAAAUUUAAAUAAACCAUGUUCACAAAUACUACUUAGUCGAUUAAGUGGUAUAUUGGAGACAGCUAUACGCGAUACUAAUGCACAAUAUGAGCAACCGGAAAUUCUUCAACGCUUAGAUGUUCGUUUACUGGAUAUAUCAACAGGUCAAGAUACUGGAUGGGAUAUAUUUUCAUUGGAUUAUCAUGUCGAUGGUCCAUUGGCUACAAUAUUUACUGAUAAUUGUCGUUUUAUGUAUUUAUUUUCAUUUAAUUUUCUUUGGCGUGCUAAACGUAUGGAAUUUACAUUAAGCAAUUUAUGGAAACAACAAUUAUGUGCAACACGUUUAGGUUAUGGUCUACAAAUUGAUUUAUCAUUAGUAUUACAUUUAUUACAAUUAUUCGGUGCAGAAAUACGACAUUUUAUUCAACAGCUACAAUAUUAUAUUAAUUUUGAAGUUUUAGAAUGUGCCUGGGAAAAUCUUGUCAAACAAGUACAUUCCGCUCAAGAUUUAAGUGACGUUAUUAAAGCCCAUCAAGCGUUCUUAUCCAAUGUAUUUACAAGAUGUCUAUUAGAUGCUGAGUCACGUCAACUUCUUGGUCAAUUACGAGCGAUAUUUAAUUCAAUCUUAGAUUAUGCUCAGUUACAUCAAGAUUUUAAUAUAACUGCCAUGCAUGAGAAUGGUAUACGUGAAAAAUAUGCAUCUGAGGUACAACGCGCUGAACGGACUGGUCAUUGGGGUACUGAUCGAUUACGAGAAGAACAAGAGUCAUUUAGACGUAAAGAAUUUGUCGAUAGUAAACUUGCUCAUUUACAAGCUCGAAUUCGUAUUCAAGCUGCUGCAUAUCGUGCUAAUCUUAUCAAGUUCAUCGAUAUGUUGUCAAAUCAUACAGAUCCUAGUUUACGUUUAUUAGCAGAACAUAUAAAUUUCAAUGGACAUUAUUGUACUUCAACACCUGGUUCAUCUUGUACCACUAGUGGAUCAAUAACAUCCGGUUAUCCUUCACUAAUACAUCAUCAUCAAAAAUAUCAACCGACACAUCAUCAACAACAACGCAUACAAUCACUUUCAUCAACACCACCGCCUCUGCCAUCGUCAUCAACUCAACCUACAUCACAACAAGAAGAACAAAACAAGACUAAAUACAGUAAUAUAAUCAUCUUAAAAAGUGCAUUACCAUAUUCUGGUUCUGUAACACCAAGUUCACCAUCAUCAUCAUUAACAAUUGGUUCAAAACAAACAGAAUCCGGUGUAUCACAUUUAAGUGAUAUAGAAUGUAGAAAAAAUUCCAGUGCAUCUGAUGAAUAUAGAGAAUUCACUUUACAUCCGAAAUAG